CCAUAUUCAUCAUCGCUUCAUCAUUUUCCAAAUCCUCACUAGUCUCUACCUUUAUCUUCUCAUAAUAACAAUUUUCCUAAGAACCUUGGUAAUUGAAACAUACACCUAUAUCAAUUCUUGUUUUCCCUCAAACUAUUUUGUUCUUUUAAUUCUACUAUAUAUAUAUAUAAUAUAAGCCAAUUAAGCCAUUUCCAUAAACAUGGUAAUCAUAGCAUCCACUACUGCGAACAGCAACAUGCAUAACUUGCAAAAUUUCGACUCUAAUCAGAAUAACAACCACCACCUCCGAAAUGCUUCGAUCUCUUCCUACUUGAACACCAAUGAACAACAACAACCGACUUUUGUUGACUCGUCAAGGCAAAACUUCAACAGCAGAAAGGAGGGACAACCUCUUCCUUUUCUUCAACAUGGAAUAAUGAAGGAAGAGGACUGCGAAAUCGGCGUCUUCGAGGCCGAAAAGUACUUUAACGGAGCAGAAGGAGGAGAGGUUCUGAUGAGUCAACGAAGAAAGAACCAAUAUCAUCACCAUUAUUACGACCAGAAAAAAGAUGAACAAAAAUCUACGGAGACUGGAAAGUUCAACAACAGAAGCAGCAGCAAGUUUGGAACACCGAGCAGCGUUCCUUCUGAAUCAAGUUGGAACAGCCAAAGUGCACUGUUACAGAGUUCCUUGAAAGAAUCUUCAAGAAUCAAAAACAACAAGGUACAAAGAAAUAAGGCUAGUUUUCUUGCAAACCUUGGAUGCAAAUGCUAUUGUUCUGAUAAAGAUUCUGUUGAUAUUAGCAACAACGCUGCUAGCGCAAAAAAGAACUUGAAUCCAGUUCUGGAUACUAAUAAUCACCAUCAUCGUGAUUCGGUUAAAGAAACUAAUCCUCAUGCAGAAGCAGAAAUCUCGCUGGACAACAACAAAGAGAAGUUGUUGAACAGAGAAAACGGUUUAUUAGCACUGAAGAAAAUUCAACUUCAGGAAAAAGCAGAGAAAUCAAGAAAAUCAUUGGAAGUGUUUGGUUCUCCAAUCUUGAAUCAUUGCACGAGCAAGUCAUUGAGCUUUGAUAAAAGAUUGGUAAUGCAUUCUUCAUGGGAUGAUGAUGAUGCUGAUGCUGUUGUUCUUCCAAAAAUAGAGGAAACUGAUUUAGCAAAAAAAGGAAAUGGAAACUACAACGAUGAUGAUUGUGAGAGUGAUGCAAGUUCAGAUUUAUUUGAAAUUGAUAGUCUCACAGGGAAGGCAAAUAAUCCCUUCCUUGUUAGACCAAUUAGAACUUCUUGCGAAGUUAUUUCCUUCUGUGCUAGCCCCGUCACAACGUGUUAUGCGCCGAGUGAGGCUAGCAUAGAAUGGAGCGUGGUAACGGCGAGCGCAUUAGAGUACUCGGCCAUGUCUGAUUGCGAAGAUCAAAGGUCUGUUGCAACCCUUAGGAGUCCAGCUAGACCACAGCCGAAAGCUGGAAAAGAGGUGUAUAAGCGGCGUCCGGGCAUGCUGUUGGGCUGCAAGAGCCAAAAAGCAGUUGGAGUAGCCUCGGAAACCGUCAAGGCAUCUGAGAAGCUGAGCCCCAACUCCCAAUUUAGUCGCAAAUUCGAUAACAUAAAUCAAGUGGCAAGGUUUCAAGCAGAGACAAAGCAGGGAAAACCACCAAUGCAACAACGUUCACACCCACCACAUGCUUCCCAACUCUUGUGCAUUUAGCUGAAUAUUAAUUAUUAUGUCUUAUCUUUUGUUCGAUUUGGAAAAAAUAAUUGUUUCAAUUAUAAUGUAUCUUGGCUUAGUAUUAAAAAAUUCUUGUUUAUAAUUCA